GCGCCUGCGCGAGCUUCCGCCUAACCGAGGAUGUGGGAGUGGAGGGGCGAGGUCCCGGGGGGAUUGAGGCGAGGGGCUGAGAUACUGGGGCUCCGAGAAGGGGAGGAGUAAAGAUGAAAAAUGGAGCGAGGGAGCUUCGCUGGGGAGGAGUUGGGAGCGUGCUCCUGAUUGUGACAGUGCAUCUCUUCCUUGGUGAUGGAACUUGUCAUUAGGAAGGAGGACAUGGUUGGAGUGUAGCCAGCAAGAUGGGUUUCUUGGAGGAGCCCCUGAGUGGAACUGAGUGGCGGCAGCAGGGGCUCAGAGCCUUGUGAAUAGGGAGCCUGCCCCCCAACACUUGGAAGGACCUGGGUUUCAGUGAUGAGACAUGGGGUAUGAUGUAACCCGUUUCCAGGGGGAUGUUGAUGAAGACCUUAUCUGCCCUAUUUGCAGUGGAGUCUUGGAGGAGCCAGUACAGGCCCCUCACUGUGAGCACGCCUUCUGCAAUGCCUGUAUCACUCAGUGGUUCUCUCAGCAGCAGACGUGUCCCGUGGACCGUAGCGUCGUGACUGUAGCCCACCUCCGCCCAGUGCCCCGGAUCAUGCGGAACAUGCUGUCAAAGCUGCAGAUUGCCUGUGACAACGCUGUGUUUGGUUGCAGUGCCGUUGUCCGACUUGACAACCUCAUGUCUCACCUUACUGACUGUGAGCACAACCCGAAGCGGCCUGUGACCUGUGAACAGGGCUGUGGCCUGGAGAUGCCCAAAGAUGAGCUGCCAAACCACAACUGCAUUAAGCACUUGCGUUCUGUGGUCCAGCAGCAGCAGACACGCAUCGCAGAGCUGGAGAAGACAUCAGCUGAACACAAACACCAGCUGGCAGAGCAGAAGCGAGACAUCCAGCUGCUAAAGGCAUACAUGCGCGCCAUCCGCAGUGUCAACCCCAACCUUCAGAACCUGGAGGAGACCAUUGAAUACAACGAGAUCCUAGAAUGGAAGGGGAAGCCUGUCCGAGGAUGCAGUUUAUCUGGAAUUAGGUGGGUGAACUCCCUGCAGCCAGCCAGAGUGACCCGCUGGGGAGGGAUGAUCUCCACCCCAGACGCUGUGCUCCAGGCUGUAAUCAAGCGCUCCCUAGUGGAAAGUGGCUGUCCUGCCUCUAUUGUCAACGAGCUCAUCGAAAAUGCUCACGAACGCAGCUGGCCCCAAGGUCUGGCCACUCUAGAGACAAGACAGAUGAACCGGCGCUUCUAUGAGAACUACGUGGCCAAGCGCAUCCCUGGCAAGCAGGCUGUCGUGGUGAUGGCCUGUGAGAACCAGCACAUGGGAGAUGACAUGGUGCAGGAGCCAGGCCUUGUCAUGAUAUUUGCGCAUGGUGUAGAGGAGAUAUAGGAGAGCUUGACUGGCUAUCAGAAAGAGAUGGAAAUUCGAAAACCCUAUCACUCCAGCAGCUGGGCCUUGAGUCUUCCCUGUUGUCUUUAAGACCGAGCCACAAAUCUCCCUGCUUUUCUGGCACUGAAGGCCAUUGGGAUACUUUGCUCAGCCUUUCGGGGAGGGGGAACACAGAUUCCUGCAGUUUGCCAUAUUCCCCCCCAAAAAAUGCCUGUAAAUUUUGUCUGGGUAGGAAAGUCCCCACUUUUGUAUUUUCCUGCCAAGAGUCUGUGGUUCCGGAUAUUUGCAGAAAGCACAAAGAGAUUUGUUUUCCCUAGAGGAUCAAGGUGGAGUGAGGAAUCUGAUCAUCCCUUUCCUCCAAAACCAAGGAAUUGGAGCAGGCAGACCUGUUGACUCUAAGCAUUUAGAGGGCAGCUCUGGGGAACAGACAUCCAGAAGAAAUGGAAGGGUGGAACCACAACCCUAGAAGUAACUGGCCAUCACUGAGCUCCGGGGAAGCCUGGAUCUUUGUGCCAAGCACUUCGCUAUGCAGCCCACCUUAAGGUGCAGUGCCCACUGGGACUGCAGGUGCACAGGUUGGGAUGCUAAACGUUUCCAGACGAGUUCUUCCUUCCUACACUUUUUAACAAGGGAAUGACAGGGCUAGGGUAUGAGUUAGGCUGUUGGGUUCAUAUGCUCAGCAAGAAGCUGCUUUUUGGCUUUUGCUGAAACAGGGUAGGCACUGCUUUUUGUUGGCACACCCAUGAUAGUUUCAUAGACCCUUCUCCAGCCCUGUGAUGGUAGUUAUUUUGAUAAUUUCCUUCGGCUGUUGUUUGUUUAUAUUUCACAAACCCAAUCUGUCCUCCAUAUAUUUUUUAAGGAAUGGCCUUGUUGGGGCUGACACCACAUUCUAGCCCAGCUACAUUGUUGGCAUUUUAAUUUAUUUACUUUUUUUUAAGAAAUGAAAAAAAGAAAAAAAACAAUUUUAAACGUUUUUUUGUUUUAUUUUUUUAGUUUUUAUUUUUUGGUGUUCCUGUUGUGGGGAUUCUGGAUAUGGCGGGACAGGGAUGGGGUAUGUUUACAUUUUUCCUUUUCAGCACAACCUUUGGCAAUAUAGGAAGAGCCAAGAGAGUCGUUGGCUGACUCUAUGAUGCCUGUUCCACUCCCUAUGACCCUGUCUGCAAUGAGGAGCUUCCUCUGCUCCUGUGAUGGAUGUGACAGUCCAGCAUCGAUGCCUGCACCUCUGAAGAAACUUGCUCCCAGCCCAGUGUCUCAGUGUAAAACCCUGGAUUUAGAGCAUUAAUAGGCAGCCCUCCUCCCAUUUCCUUGGAGCUAUAUAGCUGGGUUCUAAGAUUCGCCUCACAAACAGGAUUAAGAAUUACAUCUUUGUGUCUGAAAACAGGCUGUGCUCUGCCGUAUGCACCUAAGGACUUCAGCUCCAUUUUGGGCUACCUGGGGCCUUCCGUGGCAACUGGCAGAGUAAGUGUGGGGGGUAGGUGUGAUUAUUUUAAUGUGCAGGUGGGAAUGGGGUUGGAGAGGGAUUAGGAGCUUUUCUACACCACAGAAUGGCUUCUUUUUGGGAGUUUUAUUCCAGACCAGCUUGCCAUUGGUCUGGGUAGUUGGAUCCCAGGGGUUGAGAUAGAAGGAUACAAGCUUAAAAGAGGUAGGAUAUAUUUCCAGCUCCAGGACAUCAUGCUCAGGAACUUGAAAACGCUGCAAUACUUAAGUUUGGUCACAUUUCUUCCACUCCCUUUUGCAGCCUGCCUGCCUUACCAGGCCCAUAUUCUCCUGUCUUCACCCCCACAUGGAGCCAGGAAGCUCAGUUAAGGCUUCCUCCCCUUUGCACUAGUGUCUCUGUGGGUUGAUGGUUGUGUUGUACAUGCUGUUCCAUGGUGUUGACUACACUAAUAAUAAAUCUUUCACUCAAAUCUCUAAAUUCUUAAAUCACCAUCACUCUCCUUCUUGUGAAGGUUUCUUCUUCUACUUAGGCUUUUCUCCUAACUUAAUUCCCUUCCUUCCUUGCUUUGGAACCUAUCUUACAUCUGACCAAUUUUAGGAAGACAUUUGUCUGGGGCUGGUGGAUACCUCAUACCUGCUUUGCAAUGUGUGCUCUCCUGCAUUCUUUCCUCCCUCCUGAUCCAUAGCGGCUAAAGCUCUCUCUGGGGAUCCAAACUGUGUUGUUUCCAUGGUGUGCCUUUACCUCAGUGCUCCUGGGCGUGGGGAAUAUUUUUAACAGAAGAUACACAUGCUCCUUUCCCCUCAUCCUACAGGCACCUCUCCCAUAAGUGUGGAAUUCUAUCGUAGGCAGGGAAGCCUCCACCCCUCAGUGGUUCCUAAUCAAGAAAGUAAAUGUGAGGAAGGGAAGCCAAAACAACCAUACUUGCUCUGGUUGUCAAACCCUGAUAAAGUCUUUUCCUAAGCAUUUCCUGCCACCACCUUCUCCCUGGCAAGAGAAGAAAGUUUCCUUCCCUUCCCUGAGCUAUAGUUUAAAUUUGUUGAACAUUUAUUGUACAUAUAAUGCAAAUCUAAAUGUAUUCUGGAAACUCUAGUUAGAAUGGGGGGUAUUUCUGCACUCAGUCUGCUCUUUCAUACAUGCAACACUUGAUUAGAAAAUAAAAAGCCACAUCACAAAGUAGAGCAUAAGAGGCAAUAUAUAUAUAUAUAUAUACCCCAGUGAUACUAGUAGUCCUCUUUCCUUUUUUCCCUGAAACUCCUUUCAUUUUACCUGCUGCUUGCUUGUUCUUUUGAAUGUGAUGACUGGUGCCACAUCUUUUUAGAAUAGUUUCUGUUUGUUUGUUUUUAUAGUCUCUCUGUGUAGCCCAGGCUGGCCUCACAAUCCUGCCUCAGUUUCCUGAGAGUUAGGAUUACAGGCAUGCGCUUCUGUGCCCAGCUUGGAUUUGAUUUUUAGAAACAAAUAUUCAUUGAAUCCCUACCCUGGAAAAGUACUACGGUAGGAUUGAGGGGCUGGGGGUUCAUGUAGCAAAAUUGCACCUCCCUUCAGAGAUCUUACUCCCUAGGGCCUAUAGUAAGGCAUAAUAAAUGUGCUAAGUAUUCAUGAGCAAUAAAUGAGCAGAGGAAUGAGCCAGGUGUGGAGGAGCAUAACUAUAAUCCCAGCUCUUGGGAGGCUGAAGCAGGAGGAUUGCCAUGAAUUGG